AUGUCAUUCUACGAUUUUUACAAUGUGCAAAUGCUGCAAGCAAUGCAGCAAUUUUACGCAACGUCGGAUCUUAGCUCUCAGUUAGGACAGUUAUUGUUAGGACCACAGCAAUUGUUUAUGUCGAACAAUACUAUCACUCCAAAUGAACUUCAUCUGCAAAGCAGCGAUUUGUACUUGGAAAGCGAAAGCAACAACGAAGCUGUGGCAUUGCAAGCUCCUGAGACAUCUACGCCUGUGGUGAUUCACACCUCUGCAAAUGAGGAAAUUAUUCCUGAAGCGCAGCCCAUCUAUCGCGGUGAAAAAGAGAUGAAAAAACUAAACAAGGAGGAACGAUCAUAUAUUGUUGCCGCGGAUGCCAGCAACAAAACGAUUGCUACACUUCAGUCCAGGGCAGCGAACGCUCACAAAAGGACUGUAGAUCCGAGCAAUAAUCCAGAAGAUCUUCGUAACGUUCCCGGAGGCGAGGUAUUUUUGCAGCUUCAAACGGAUGAUUUGCACAUACACUUCAGCAGAAAAGUUGUUGAGUUGGCUCGAGACCAUGGAUUGCAUGCACUAAUUGGGGAUGGAGUGCACAAAUUAAAUCCUGUUACAAUUCCAAAUAGAAUGGAUAAAGGUCAGCUUUAUGUCGUGCACGCGGCAAUCCAAGGAGGCAUAGAGGUGCCGUUACUCUACGCUGUCACCAGAUUCAAGACCGUCGGAACUUACAAAAUAGUGUUCGAAAGCCUUCGGGAAGUUCUAGGAGAAUACAAAGAAAGAUUUGUAGUCGAUUUUGAAAAGGCGGCCAUUCGAGCAGCAAGGGAGACUUUUCCUGAAGCGGAUGUUCAAGGAUGCGCUUUUCAUUUAGCGCAGGCGUGGAAUAGGGCUUCUGUUAAUUUGGGGCUAAGAAAGUUCAUAAGGGGACCUAAAGCGGUUCUAGAGGAUUAUAGGACAACAAACGCAGCAGAAGCAUUUCACAGCAAAUUGCGUGGAAUGCUUUCAAAGCGAAUUAAUCCCCCGUUUGAAGAGCUGUUGGAAUGCUUGCACUCUAUCAACUCAUUAGCACUAGGAAUGCUGAAACAUGUCCAAGAGAAUGCACGCGCUUCGAGAGCUCUUCGCAAAAAAGAUCAAGAGCGUCGUGACAAGAUCAACAACGCAAUGGAUGAGUUUAAAGAGAUGUUUCGUUUGGAUGAUGAUUUAGAAAUAGAUGUCAUUAAUAACUAUUGCAGGAAGAUGUCACAGUUUGUUACAGAGAAGACUAUAUAG